AUGACGAGGAAUAGUCCAAAUCUUGUUGCCCCUCCCGUAGGAUUCCACUCGGUUCUGGGAGAACCAGACGCUUCUGGAACUCUUAACUAUGAUGAACUCGUUGUCUAUGACAAUAAUGCGAUCCGACCCGCGUAUCUCAUCAUAUACUGA